AUGGCUGAAGACUUGGAUACGGCCAUGACUUCUGGUCCAGGGCUUCAAUGGGCCCUGAUAGGACUGUUUAUGAAUAACGCUCUCGGAGGAGGGGGCGAUUUCAAACAUUUCCUCAAUCACAUCGGACCCGCGGCUAGCAGGUGGCUGGACGAUAUCAACGAGCGCCGGUUCGAUUUUACGAGGGAAAACAUGGACCGGCUUGCUGAAAAUGUCGAGGGAUGGACCGGGACGGUUUAUAUGAAGUCUGUCGAGAAGGAGCGGGAUCAGUACCUGGUGGAUUUGGUCAAGUCCAAGGGGGAAUCCAAGCAUCUGAAGUAG